AUAAUCUGGCAGCAUUGGUUGGUCGGCCAUCCAGCCGGCCAGGCAUUGCUUGUCAGCAUCCAAACGGCCCAGCAAUUACAUCAACGAUCCGGGGUACCCUCGAUCAACGCUGCCCCUCAUCCAUCCUACAAUGGCGCAAGUGGAGAUGUUGCCCUUUCUCCAGACGUUUCCCAGCGCACCACAUGUCAUCGUCUGCCUCGCGCAGAUUUAGCUAUUGCCCGUGGAAGAAUAACCCAAAAGAUCUCUUUUCUUCACGUGUUGAGCAGGAAAAGUGUCCGUCUCGCCGUGUCUGCAGGGUGCCGUCCUCCACCCGAAGCUGCCGUUAAGGCCCCCAUUGCUCUCCACACCAAGAAUCUUUCAUCUCUCAGGAAAAUUCCAUACCCAACUUGGACAGCAUCCACCAUGGGCUAUUGCGAAGAUGGAGAUGCUUGGCAAUAUUUGAAGGUCUGGAAGGCUCUCUUGAUAAAUAUCACCAAGAAAUGA